GGAAACGAUUCAGUUUUCGAUGUGAAUGUGUUCUUUGCCUAGCAAAAAAAGUUCAAUGUUCGAGAAAGACGUCAUUUGAAAAUUGAAAUAGGAAACGGGACGUUUAUGAAACCGUGAUGACUAAGGGUUCUUUGUAGCUGUCUACAAUCAAAAGUUCUGAUAAUGUCGACGUCUGUAGAACUAAAGCCUUCUAACUCUUCGUUGUCAAAUGACGUACCAAGCGACGACUUCGUUUUUUUCUCUCCGACCAGUAGCAUUUCUGAUCAAAGUAAGCAGAGCUUCAUAGGACGUAUACACCCUGAAGAAGGUGAUUCAAAGGGACCCGAGAUCCACAGAGAAGACAAUAUUAUGGAGAGGGUGAUUGAUUUAGUGAAAGAAAAUGAUACAUUGAAAGAAACACUGAUUUUUUUCAACACUGUUCUGCAGCAAUAUAUCAAAGAGUUCACUGAUAUGCAAGAAUCACACAAAGCCAACAGUGAAAACAUAAAGAAAGAACAUCAGAAAGCUAAAGAAGUUGUCAAUUUUUUUCGGGAUGACAACCGAACUUUGAAGGGGGAACUCAAAAACAUGCAGUCCCAUUUUUUUCAAGAAGUUUUGACAGGAAAAAAAGAAGAUCUGGAAAGAGAAAAUACAUCUUUUUUUCAGCAGAUCAGCGCACUCCAAGAACACAUUAAAGCGAUUGAUUCAGAUUUUUUUUUUUGUGAGCAGCUUCUUGGUUCCUUGGCUUCAUACAACUACAAGAGUUUUUUUUCACAACGAAAUGAGGAACCUCUUGACAGUGAAUUAAGUGGUGAAUUGAGGUUUUUUUACAAAACUGCUGACCAAAAGAGCAAGGAUAUUGAAACUGAAAUCCUGAGAUUUUUUUUUGAGAAAGUUAAAGUUGAGAAGUGUCAUUUGGAUGAUAAACUAACUGAAACAAAAGAGGAAUUAAAAAAGGUACAAGAAAGUUCUAAACGAACGAAGGAAGAGAAGGAACAGCUCAGGAAGCUUCUUGAUGAACAGUACUUGAAGAAUGAAAAAGAUCAAAAUGAGAUGGCUAGUGUAUGUAAAAAUCUUCAAGAUGAAAACCAAAAACUAAAAGAAGAAUUGACAAACAAAAAUGAAGAGCUUACAAAGAAAAUGGAAGAAAAGGAAGUUAAAAAUGCUGAAAUGGAACUGAAAUCAGUAAGAUUUGAACUAGCUAUUUGCAUUAAUUAA